AUGAAGACCCUCUACCUUCUGUUGCUGACCUCCGGCCUCCUCUACCUGAUGGUCAAAGGUGUUGGCAGUCAUCCUGGUACAAUUCACACCAGGUUCAAAUGUAUACCAAAAAUGUCAGCUGUUUUCGGUGACAAUUGCCCUUUCUAUGGCAGCGUGGAUGGCCUCUGUAAUGAUAAGGAAACUGUAUGCUGCAUGGUACCUGUGAGACUGGAUAAUAUAUAG